UUUUAAUAUCACUUUACAAAAUUUGGCGACCAACACAACAACAGCAGUUGAACACGCUCGAAAAUAAUGGCUGCGUUUUUCGAGGCGGCCUGGAAAUUGUUGACGGCACUCUAGCACUAUAUUUACGCUGCAACUGCACAAGUCAUUUAAACUAUCAACACACUUUUCAACUGUGUUCAAACAGUGCGCUUAUCAACGGAAAAUGGCUAAAUUCAACCUUUGUCGACGACUCUUCACCAUCCAGUUAAUUUGCAUGACAAUCAGUAUCCUCCUUGUUGAUGUUGAAGGUGGAUUUUUCAGUGGAGUGGUUCAAAAAUGCAAAACAAUGACUAGAAGCAUAGCCAGUAUACCGUCGAAACUAGCGGAUGGUGGCCAGUUCGCGACGCAAAAGGUGGUUGGUGCCUUGGGAAACGCCGUCAGGCCGGUGCGGCCGCUCAAGCGGGUCGUGGACGCGACUGGCGGUGCCAUAUCCAACGUGAUGGGGUCCGCCAGCCGCCUGCUGGGAAAGACGGUGGAACCUCCGAAUAAAAUCAUUUUUCUGUACAGCCGUCCGCUCAAGCACCUGGGCACGUCAAGAUUGUACCAGGAAGCGAUCCGGACGGUCAUCGCGCAUGCGCUCACCAACGUGGUGCUGCACAAGGACGAAAUGGACGAGGCUGCGGACACGCCGGCGAACCUGGGUACCAUGCCCGUGCUCAAAUCCGUGGUGGAACAGCUUGAGAGGGCAGGAGCCUCCGACGAUGACAUCGCCGACAUCGUCAGCGUGUUGGGCCGCAACGGCAAACAGGACCUGCCCGUCCAGAUCAAAUCAAAGGUCCUUGGCAUUCUAAAAGAUACAAAUGGAAACUUUAAAAGCGAUGGGCCCAUGAAUGAAUUACGUUGGAUUGCAGAGCACCCUCAUGGAUUCUACCAGAUGGAUGACAAAGAAAGGACUGAUUACAAAUUGAAGACGCAAAAAAAGUAUACGAGUUGUACGGUUUUACAUCCACCAUCCUUCGACAUCACAAAUACAUAAAUUAACUGCGUUGCGGUUAUAAUUUAAAGCAUUGCCUCAGACUUUCUAAUCCUAAUCGAUAGAAAAUGAAUUAAUAAAUUAUUUAUUAAUGAAAUAUAUGUGUAUUUCUGUGAGUUUUA